AUGAUAAUGUUAAAUAUUAAAGAACAAUCAAUCUAUUUUAGUUUAUACUUAAUCAUGGAAAUAUUCAUUCUCACCAAUUGUAGUUAUAAUCAAUUUCUGUUAAGUAAAAUACAUAAAAAGGAUGGAUUGAAAUUUUUCAAACCAUGUCCUGAAUUAAAUUAUAAAUAUGAUAAUGCAACUGGAAAUUUUAUGUGUACUGUACCAACUGCUAAAAAAUGUUAUGAAUUAUGUCAACGUUAUGGUUGUUAUGAAUGGCCAUUUAAAAAACCAAUUCCAUUAUUAAAUGAAUUAUAUCGUCAUAAUUAUCGUUGUCGAUGUUUUAAAGAAUAUAAUACAUGUUUAUAUAAUUCAUUAUCAAGAAAACAAAUUCAUUAUUAA